GGAAACCCGAAGCCCCCGCCCCGGCCAGGCCGUCGCAAGCGCUCUGGAGGGCGGUCCGCGUGAGAGCUAGCCACGCGGGGCAGGAGCGCCCAGUUGCCGCCGGAGCUGGGCCCGCUAGAACCUCUCCUGGAACCCCUCGUUCUCCUCGAAUCUCCCUCUCCCACCGUUUUCUGGAUACCCUUGACGUCCACGUUCCUUGCGCCCUUUCCCGCCCCCACGCGGGGCGCCGCCCCUGCCACCCAAGUCCCUGCCCAAGCCCACCCGGCUCCCGCGCGCGUCCAGAGCCAUGGCUCCGGUGCGCACCGCAUCCCUGCUCUGCGGCCUCCUGGCACUGCUGGCGCUGUGCCCCGAGGGGAGCCCACAGACAGUGCUGACGGACGACGAGAUCGAGGAGUUCCUCGAAGGCUUCCUUUCGGAGCUGGAGACCCAGUCCCCGCCCCGGGAAGACGACGUGGAAGUCCAGCCGCUUCCCGAACCCACCCAGCGUCCCCGCAAAUCCAAGGCAGGGGGCAAGCAGCGGGCAGAUGCAGAAGUCCCUCCAGAAAAGAACAAAGACAAAGAAAAGAAAGGAAAGAAGGACAAAGGCCCCAAAGCCACAAAACACCUGGAGGGCUCUGCCAGGCCCACCAAGAAACCGAAGGAGAAGCCACCCAAGGCCACCAAGAAGCCCAAAGAGAAGCCACCCAAGGCCACCAAGAAGCCCAAGGAGAAGCCACCCAAGGCCACCAAGAAGCCUAAGGAGAAGCCACCCAAGGCCACUAAGAGACCCUCGGCAGGAAAGAAGUUCUCAACUGUGGCCCCCUUAGAAACACUGGAGCGGUUACUCCCCUCACCCUCCAACCCCAGCGCCCAGGAGCUACCACAGGAGAGAGACAGAACCUUCCCAAACGUCUGGCAAGGUCAAGGAGAAGAGACCCAGGUGGAGGCCAAGCAGCACCGGCCGGAGCCAGAGGAGGAGACGGAGAUGCCCACACUCGACUACAAUGACCAGAUAGAGAGGGAAGAUUACGAGGACUUUGAGUACAUCCGUCGCCAGAAGCAGCCCAGGCCAACACCCAGCAGGAAGAGGCUCUGGCCAGAGCGCCCCGAGGAGAAGACCGAAGAGCCAGAGGAAACAAAGGAAGUUGAGCCACCUCUGAAGCCCCUGCUGCCUCCGGACUAUGGGGAUAGCUACUUGAUCCCCAACUAUGAUGACUUGGACUAUUAUUUCCCCCACCCUCCACCGCAGAAGCCUGAUGCUGGACAAGAGGUGGACGAGGAAAAGGAAGAGAUGAAGAAGCCCAAAAAGGAGGGCAGUAGCCCCAAGGAGGACACAGAGGACAAGUGGACCGUGGAGAAAAACAAGGACCACAAAGCAGGGCCCCGGAAGGGCGAGGAGCUGGAGGAGGAGUGGGCACCAGUGGAGAAAAUCAAGUGCCCGCCUAUUGGGAUGGAGUCACACCGUAUUGAGGACAACCAGAUCCGUGCCUCCUCUAUGCUGCGCCAUGGCCUCGGAGCCCAGCGGGGCCGGCUCAACAUGCAGGCUGGUGCCAACGAAGAUGACUACUAUGACGGGGCAUGGUGUGCAGAGGACGAGUCGCAGACCCAGUGGAUAGAGGUGGACACCCGAAGGACGACUCGGUUCACGGGCGUCAUCACUCAGGGCCGGGACUCCAGCAUCCAUGACGACUUCGUGACUACCUUCUUCGUGGGCUUCAGCAAUGACAGCCAGACCUGGGUGAUGUACACCAAUGGCUACGAGGAAAUGACCUUCCAUGGGAAUGUGGACAAGGACACACCCGUGCUGAGCGAGCUCCCCGAGCCAGUUGUGGCCCGUUUCAUCCGCAUCUAUCCACUCACUUGGAACGGUAGCCUGUGCAUGCGCCUGGAGGUGCUGGGCUGCCCCGUGACCCCUGUCUACAGCUACUACGCACAGAACGAGGUGGUAACUACGGACAGCCUGGACUUCCGGCACCACAGCUACAAGGACAUGCGUCAGCUGAUGAAGGCUGUCAAUGAGGAGUGUCCCACAAUCACCCGCACCUACAGCCUGGGCAAGAGUUCACGAGGGCUCAAGAUCUACGCGAUGGAAAUCUCGGACAACCCUGGGGAACAUGAGCUGGGGGAGCCCGAGUUCCGCUACACAGCUGGGAUCCACGGCAAUGAGGUGCUAGGCCGAGAGCUCCUGCUCCUCCUCAUGCAGUACCUGUGCCAGGAGUACCGCGAUGGGAACCCGAGAGUGCGCAACCUGGUGCAGGACACGCGCAUCCACCUGGUGCCCUCGCUGAACCCUGAUGGCUAUGAGGUGGCAGCGCAGAUGGGCUCAGAGUUUGGGAACUGGGCACUGGGGCUGUGGACCGAGGAGGGCUUUGACAUCUUCGAGGACUUCCCAGAUCUCAACUCUGUGCUCUGGGCAGCUGAGGAGAAGAAAUGGGUCCCCUACAGGGUCCCGAACAAUAACUUGCCAAUCCCCGAACGUUACCUGUCCCCAGAUGCCACGGUCUCCACAGAAGUCCGGGCCAUUAUUUCCUGGAUGGAGAAGAACCCCUUUGUGCUGGGUGCAAAUCUGAACGGUGGUGAGCGGCUUGUGUCUUACCCCUAUGACAUGGCCCGGACACCUAGCCAGGAGCAGCUGUUGGCUGAGGCACUGGCAGCUGCCCGUGGAGAAGAUGAUGACGGGGUAUCUGAGGCCCAGGAGACUCCGGAUCACGCCAUUUUCCGCUGGCUGGCCAUCUCGUUUGCCUCUGCCCACCUCACCAUGACGGAGCCCUACCGAGGAGGGUGCCAAGCCCAGGACUACACCAGCGGCAUGGGCAUUGUCAACGGGGCCAAGUGGAAUCCUCGCUCUGGGACUUUCAAUGACUUCAGCUACCUGCACACAAACUGUCUGGAGCUCUCCGUAUACCUGGGCUGUGACAAGUUCCCCCACGAGAGCGAGCUGCCCCGAGAGUGGGAGAACAACAAAGAAGCGUUGCUCACCUUCAUGGAGCAGGUGCACCGUGGCAUUAAGGGCGUGGUGACAGAUGAGCAAGGCGUCCCCAUUGCCAAUGCCACCAUCUCCGUGAGUGGCAUCAACCACGGCGUGAAGACAGCAAGUGGAGGUGACUACUGGCGCAUUCUGAACCCGGGUGAGUACCGUGUGACAGCUCAUGCAGAGGGUUACACCUCGAGUGCCAAGAUCUGCAACGUGGACUACGAUAUUGGGGCCACCCAGUGCAACUUUAUCCUGGCUCGAUCCAAUUGGAAGCGCAUUCGGGAGAUCUUGGCUAUGAACGGGAACCGUCCCAUUCUCCGAGUUGACCCCUCACGACCCAUGACCCCCCAACAGCGGCGCAUGCAGCAGCGCCGUCUACAGUACCGGCUCCGCAUGAGGGAACAGAUGCGGCUGCGUCGCCUCAAUUCUACAGCAGGCCCUGCCACAAGCCUCGCUCCUGCCCCUACGCCUCCCCCUUCCCCUACACCAGCCAUUACCUCGAGGCCUUGGGAAGUUCUACCUACUACUACCGCAGGCUGGGAGGAGUCGGAGACUGAGACCUACACAGAAGUAGUGACAGAGUUUGAGACAGAGUAUGGGACUGACCUAGAGGUGGAGGGGAUAGAGGAGGAGGAGGAGGAGGAAGAGAUGGACACAGGCCUCACAUUUCCAUUCACAACAGUGGAGACCUACACGGUGAACUUUGGGGACUUCUGAGACUGGGAUCUCAAAGCCCUGCCCAAUUCAAACUAAGGCAGACUCUCCCAAGCCUUGCUGGAAGACAUAGCCAUCAGAUGUCCCUGGGUGGACCCCACUCCCCCAGAAUGGGACAUCAAAGCCACUGGGACCCCAAAACCAGAGUCUAUGCGGACUCUGGUCUACCCGCCCCAGUUCUACCUGCCAGUCUUUGGGAGGGGCAGGUGAGGAAGCCAAUGUCACACACCAAUAAAACAAGCUCAUGACAUCACCUUCCCCUGUUCUGACUGGCUGGACAAGAGGCUGGCUUGCUGGCUGCUCUCCCCACCUGUCCCAUCCCACACAUGCCCAAGUGCACGAGGUUAGGACCUGUGAAAAAUUCAUGUUUUAUUUACAGGGCUUGCAUUGCACGGGUGAUGUCUUGAG